AUGGGUGUCAAUGAAGUGAUGAACUUCAUUGUAGAAAAGUCGAAACACACGCUACAACCUACAGUAAUGGGUGUGAAUGAAGUGAUGAACAUCAAUGUAGGAAAGCUGAAACACACGCUACAACCUUCAGAAAUGGGUGUGAAUGAAGUGAUGAACUUCACUGUAGAAAAGUCGAAGGAAUUACGACUGGCAAUGGAAAAUUUUGGUGGCGAGGUGGUGGAUUGGUUUGACAAGGUGUUUCCACCGGAGACAAGAGGCGAUAAGAUCCACCACUGGCUCCAUGUCGCCACCUCGUUCCUCAUUAUGGCGGUGGCAUCGAUCUUGUUCAUCUGUAUCUUCCGUUACUGCUGCCGCUGCUGUAUGGGCCGCGGCUUUGGAAGAGUGUGUGUGAAGAUGAUGAAAGCGCCCGGGAGGAAUUUUAGGAUGCCGAGAAGUGUGUUUGAGAGCGAUCCCAAAGGCUAUUUCUGUAAUCUUAGAGCUAAUCCUGGUAAACUUCGCUAA